UUUGUGGCUCAAGAUCAAGCGCUCGUCGAGAGACAGAGAAAAGGAGGGAGGAGGAGGUGGAGGGGGAGCUUCAAGGCCAAAGUGAGCUUUAUGUACCGCAGCGGGUCACUUUCUAGGAGCCAUUUGGAGCCAGAGGCUACCCGGAGCGCACAGGAGCCGCACCAAACUGAGGCGGAUCAUCAGUCCUAGUCACUGAGGCCAGCAGCAGGGAGCACAUUGCUUCACACAGGGUAGGAAAAAAAAAACAGACACGGAAGAGAAGUGAGAGAAAGAGAGAGGCUGAGUGCGGGGACGGUCGGCAAAAACGCACUGUGGAAGUUUAGAGUGUGCGGGAUCUGGAGGAAAGAGGCUUGAGUGGCCGCACAGGAUUGCAGAAGAUGCCGAGGGUAGUCCCGGACCAGAGGAGCAAGUUUGAGAAUGAGGAGUUUUUCCGCAAGUUGAGCAGAGAGUGUGAGAUUAAAUACACUGGCUUCAGGGACCGACCUCAUGAGGAGAGGCAAGCCCGCUUCCAGAACGCCUGCAGAGACGGACGCUCAGAAGUUGCCUUCGUAGCAACUGGUACCAACCUCUCCCUGCAGUUUUUCCCAGCCAACCUCCAUGGAGACCAGAGACAGGUUCCAUCAAGAGAAUACGUCGACUUCGAGAGAGAGACAGGAAAGGUCUAUUUAAAGGCCCCUAUGAUCUUGAAUGGGGUUUGUGUGAUCUGGAAAGGAUGGAUUGACCUACAAAGGCUGGAUGGGAUGGGAUAUCUGGAGUAUGACGAUGAGCGAGCUCAGCAUGAGGAUGCUUUGGCCCAGGCAGCGUUUGAGGAAGCUCGACGCAGAACCAGAGACUUUGAAGACAGAGACCGAUCACACCGAGAGGAUUUAGAGGACCCUGUGGUUUCUAAAAUCUGGGACUGAUGACACACAGAAAGACAGACAGCCAGCAGAAAAGAACAGGUCCAGACGACAGCAGGACCCAAGCCCUGGCUCAAACAUGGCCAACGCUGACGUGGAACACAAGAUGCGCUGAUGAGGGGAGAAGGAAGAGGAAAAGAAGGAAACAGAGUUUGUUUAAUUUCAACAAAAUCAGCUUGACAGAAAAAGGCUGGUUGAUUUUUUUUAUUUUUCCUCAAAACAGUUUAUCUUUUGAUUUAUAUAUUUUUCUAAAUUUAGAAUGCAGACAAAGUGAAAAGUGAAAAUGUCAUAUAAAAGAUAAAUUGUGGAUUAAUAUGAAACCUAGGUAUGAAAAAAUACAAUUUAAUGAGAAAGGUUUAAGAUCAAUGCAAAA